UGUUGUCUUUCAGAACUGGCAGGUUAUAUAUUGUAUAAAGCAGCCCAGGCUAGGUUUCAGCAAGAAUGAAUCUUUUACCCCAAUUGACAUUUCUGCUCCUUCUCAGGAUCAAAGGCGUUUUUGUGAAUGGCCUGGAUUCAGAGAUCGGCUACAAAAUGGUUGUUGCCCAAUUAGGAGAACCCCUGUCGCUAAUGUGUCGCUACAACUGCACCGCUUGGACCCGUGCCUCCUGGCACCUCAAAAAAACAGGGGCACCCGUCUGUACGUCCUGUUUUCAGGAAACAAAGAAAACGGACAGAAACGGCAGUCUCUGCACAGAGCGCCUCUCUCUCCGUUAUGUGUCUCUCAAUCAAACCCAUUACAACUAUGCCUGCCAUUCUGAGGAGCACGAUGACCCAAGCCUGACCCAGAAGAUGGUGCGGCAGGUUUCAGUUUGGGUUCAAGCCGCUCCCAGUGCCCCAGUGGUGACAGUGACCCCGCAGGGUGAUGUGUGGGCUGGCAGGCCAGUGGGGCUGAUGUGCGCCACAGGGGGGUUUCACCCCCGGAACGUGACAGUCGCCUGGGCCUUCAACGGCUCUCCAGUGACGGGAACCGACGAGCUCACCUUGGGAACAAACACUAACGGAACAUUCUCCGCCCACAGCAAAAUAUCAGUCUUACCCACAUCCUCCCAUCACAGGGGCAUCUUCACAUGUGAAAUCCACCACACCUCGCUGAGCCACCCGCUAAGAGCUAACAUCACACUGGACGUGAAAUAUAUUUCCCUGCACGUAUCUUACAGGGAUGGCACAGAGAGUACAGCGGAGGCACUACCACCACCUCUCACCAUCAGAACCAGGGUGGGCGCUUUCCUAGAGCUCUCCUGCCUGGUGGACAGUAACCCCCCCACAGAGGGACAGUGGGUGAGAGGAAGUGUCGACCCCUCCAGGCAGGCAAUGCGUACUGCCACAACACUGACCCUGGACAAAGUAAAGGUGGAAGAUGCUGGAAACUACAGUUGUGAGGCAUCUACACGCUAUGAAACCAAGCAGUCACUUGUUACAAUAGAAGUGAAUCCUGCGGAGUUCAGCUGGUUUAUGGUGCUAGCGGCCACUAUGGUGACCGUGGCUACUGUGCUGUGUGCUGCGGCAGUGUACUUCAGUCUGAGCAGCCGAAGAAGGAGAAACGCGCACCUGGCUUUUACCACCUGUGACAGAGGAUGUAUGAAGCAUAUUUUUCAUUCAUCUAUUGACUCCGGUAAAGCAAACGGCGAGUCGAGAGUUGAAACCCCUCCAGCUACAGGUGACAACGCAGUGAAAUGGGAACCUGUGGCAGUGACAUUCACCCCUGCAGACAGUCAGAGCGAUCACGAGGUCCCGUACGCUGACAUCAUGAUAUCUGUGAGAGGAGCCAGCACGCCUGAACUCACGCACAUCCCAGACCCCACCCCCAGGGAGCACAGGCAGCGGUGGAAGGAAGAGUGGGGCUCGAGUGGUCUGCUGCAGGUCUCCCACUCGGCUGACAGACUGCAUGUCCACCAGAGGGAUGUGGCCAGGAAACUGAGCACCAGCUCCGAAUACGCUGUCAUCCAAUAUCGCUCUGAGCCACUUGGCUGAGUGAGAGAGAGGAAACAAGCACAAUGCUGCCCCCUGCUGUUUGUCGUUGUUUAAACACUGUCAGCAGCUUUUCUGACUGCGAGGAAGAAAGCAUACACAAUACUGCCCCCUGCUGUUCGUAUUUAGUCUCUCUUCCCUACACAUAUGUUUUAUUAUAUUAAUUAUUAUAUUAUAUUAAUUAUUAAUACGGUAUUGGAAUGAUGUAUGCACUGAACUCUAUGAAACAAAUCUAAAGCUCAUAUAUAUGUAUA